AUGGUGAUAACCCUACUCAUCUGUGCUUCCUGCGUGCCGCUGUAUUUUGUGGUGCAUGCCCUACUACUGUCACCCCUUCGUCGGAUUCCAGGUCCAUUCUGGGCUAGGUUCACCAGAUUGUGGAAGCUCCUUCAAAUAUAUCAAGGAAGCUUUGAGAAAACAAACAUCGCCUUACACAAGAAAUAUGGUCCGAUUGUCCGGAUUGCACCUAAUGAAUACAGUAUCGAUGAUCCUGAUGCAGUAAAGGAAAUCUACGGACAGGGCAGCCAGUUCACCAAGAGCCCAUGGUACAUCGCGAGUGCCAACCCAGACCCGAACAUCGUGAAGGACCUCUUCUCCGAGCGAGAUUCUAAGACGCACGCAUCUAAUAGGAGAAAGGUGGCCUCACUUUAUUCGAUGUCAAAUUUGGUGCAAAUGGAGCCGUUUGUGAACGACUGUACGAAGUUACUGGUCGGGAAAUUUGCCAAAUUUGCCGAGCAGGGCAGGUCUGUUGACAUGGGUCAUUGGCUGCAAUGCUACGCAUUUGAUGUUAUCGGGAAUAUUACCUUUGGACAACGAUUCGGCUUCUAUCCCAUGGGGGUUGUUGCAGUCUAG